CACGCCUCCCGCCUCCUCUCCGCCUGCAGCCUCGACCUUCCAUCCCCAAUCCUUUCGAAAAGAUUAGAUAAGAUUAAUAACAUUAUCUCCGCCACUUGAGAGAGAGAGUUACUUGGAAGUUUUCCUGCUGUUGGAAAACCUCUUCGUUGCCCGCUCGCUCUCGUGUGGCGCCGCCCUCCCCUCCUUCUGACGCAGCAGUCUGCCUCGACUUGCGCGGCCGCCUCGUCGCCCCCAGACACAGCCUCGGCUCGAAUCGGUUCUGACGGAGUGAGUCCCGCGACAUGCCGGAUCUGACAGUCGCCGUGGUGGGAGGAAGCGGGUUCCUGGGGCGGCAUGUGGUGGCGCAGCUGGAGCAGUGGGCAGCAGAAGGCCAGGUCGACGGCUGGGGCGUCAAGCAAGUGCGGGUCCUUGACAUUGUGCAGCAGGACGCAGACACAGGCAGCAAAGGCGUAGCGAUUUUCGAGGAAUGCGACAUCAGGAACGCGGACCAGUUGACCCGAAGCCUGAAGGGCGCGGACGCCGUCGUCAACUGCGCCGCCGUCUCGCCCGACAUCACGCAGGAUGAAGUCCGCUGCGGCCCCGACAUGUGGAGAGUCAACGUUGACGGAGUGCGGAACUUGGUGCAAGCAUGCCGGGAGGCGGGCGUCGGCGUGCUCGUGCACACCAGCACUCUCGCCGUCAAGAUGGGCGGGCAAAAACUGAUGGAACACACGGAGAGCCUCACGCCCCACAUCAGCGAGGACGCCCUCAUACUCGGGGACUACGCCCGAGGCCGCGUGCGUGCCGAGGAACUCGUCCUGGAGGCUCACAAUGGCCCCACGCAAGCAGGGACGAGGCUCCGCACGGUGGUGCUGCGGCCGCCGCUGCUGUACGGCGAGGGCGACCGAGCGUUCGUGCCGUACGUCCUCCGCCUGGCGCGCGCGGGGGCCAACACAAUGCCUUCCUUUGGCAAUCCUGAUGCCUUCCAACAGGCGGCAUAUGUUGGCAACGCGGCCGCGGCCCACGUCAUGGCUCUGAGGAAGCUGCUGCGGGAGGAGGACGCGGGCGAGCUGCAGCACGUGGGCGGCCUGCCGGUGUACGUGACGGACGACACGCCGCCGAACAGCCUGCCCGGCCUCGCGUACCCCUUCCUCCGCCACCUUGACCUGCAACCCGCCCGUAACCUCUCCUAUUGGACGGUUGCCAUCCUCCUGCUCCUCGCGAAGGCCUGGGGCGCCGUCCUCUCCGCCCUUGGCAUGGGCUCCCCGGGCCCUUCCGCCCUCCCGUCCUGGACCAUCCACCGCCUCGGCCAGACCAUCGCCGUCGUCAGCCGCAUGCGGGCGGAACUCUCCAUGGGCUACGCGCCGCCCUUCUCGUGGCCGGAGGCGCUGGCUCGCUCGACGGCCUACUACUCUGCUGCCUUCCCCGGGGAGAAGGCCGUCGAGGUCUCGCCCACCGGGGUCGCGCUGUGAUCCUCGAAUAACAACGGAAUUUCUAAAAGAUGCACUGGUGCGCCGUUCAGCUGUGCAUUAUCUACGCAGUUCGUUUUCGUAUCAAGAGUAUUUUAAAUAGUCUAGUGCAUAUCUCAAGGUAAACAGAUUCAGAAAAGGGCGCACGACGUGAAUUACACACAUAGUAAGGAAUUAGUCCUCGUAAAUAUCUUAGCAGAGCCUCAUCAUCCAUGCACAAGGGACCAAAAUCCACACCAGUUCCUGUUUCAAACCUUCCCAGGCUGAUUCGUGCUUUUUGCUCAUCAACGAAUUAAUGGCACCGGGUGAUCCCUGUGGCACCAGACUUCGCGGCCAGAACUCAGGCAGUUUGGUAGGAGAAGCGAUUUCCUAAGGUUACAAAGCUUCCCGAAAUCAAGGCACGGAAUAUCCGCUACUGUCCGUGGGAAAUUUGUUUGGUUUAUGCCCUUGCUUAGAAAGUUUUUUUUUUUUUUAGCUUAGCGAAUUUCACUCGCUUUGUCACCCGUUAGUCUGACAAAUGUCUUUCAGCUAAGUGUAAAUCUAAUGAAUAUACUUACUCCUGUUAUAAUAAUUCAAAGCAAUAAAUGAUAUAGUUUACAUCGAACUCAUUUUCAUGUAAAAGACAAUACAGAGAUGAUACCAAGUUUCAUCUUAAAUAUUAUCACGGUAAAAUUUCCCGCAAUACCACCCAAAUUCACGCCAGUUUUAGGUAAGAGUAAUAUGCAUACAUUCUUCAAUGACAAGUGAUGGAGUAAAACGUUUAGUCUUUACUGAUUCUUACAUGAUUAAUAUUUAAGAAAAAUAAAGGUGAUCUACAUCAACCCUGUAAACUACUGAUGUUUAAACCAUAUUGAUACUG